UUUUAUGUCAUUGUGAUGAUUUUUCCUGUUUUUGUAGAAGUUAUUCUCAAUACCUUUGUUUACAUACUACAUUAGUGCAGUGUAACCUUAAAGGCACGCUUAGGCAUUAGCCAAUCAUUGUAUAGAUAAAAGUCAUGUGAUCUGUUUAUGCUUUGGUGCGAGUUGCAUCGCAAAAGCUUACGCUUCAAAACACUUUUUAUAUUACUUUGGAUUUUAUUACAAGAUGAGGCCUGCAAAGAAAACUAAAAAACGAUCGGCAACAACAACAAUAUGCAGUUGCUGUGAUAAUACAACGGCCAAGAAAUCACGCUCCACACCCACCAGUCCUCCACCAUCAAUAUCCACGGCAAUUCCAGUACAAGAAACGGGGACAUCUACUGGUCCAUCCAAUGCUCACAAUGGAUCUGGGAACAACACAAUCCAGCACUUCCAGGGUGUUGAUUUUAAUCCUGGACCCGUGCCACCCAAUGAAGUUGUUCUACCACAGCAACAACCCCCUCAGGUACCUGGACCCGUGCCACCCAAUGCAGUAUUUCUACCACAUCAACAACCCCUUCAGGUACCAUUCAACUACUCGGACGACUCUUCUUCAGAAGAUGAGGUCGAUCCCCCCGCAAAUCUUCAGGAAAUACUCAGCACGCACAUGAUGGGCCUUCUUCCGGAUACUGGUAUGCACUACGCAGAGCCAAUCAGCACACCAAUACUUCCACAAAUUAAAAAGUCAUUAUGUAAGGACAUUUGGAAAGGCAAAUAUGUAGAACUUUCAUCUCUCCUUCCAGUUAAUUCUGCCUCUCAAUCUUCUAACUUCACUCUGCAACUGGGCAAACAUGCACAUAUUUCCAUCCAACCAUCUACACGCUGUACAAAAAUCACCUCAAUUGAAGUUUGGACGUCUGCGUUCAUUCGCUACGUUUCCGUAAGGACACACAAGUACCCUGGGGAAACGCAACAACUCCUAAAAUACAUGGAGAUCAUACGAGAUCUGGCUACUCGCUGUCCAGGUCCAGCCUUUCAGUAUUACGACAAUCAAUUUCGUUUGUUUCGAGCUUCUGUUCCUUUGCCUUGGGACAGAAUUCACACUGAAUUCUGGCUGAUGGCCAGCACUCUAAACUCUAAUACUCACAAUCCUCAGUCCUUUCGUCCCUCAAGACCUGCCACUCAACGCAGAUCGUUCCCCUCAAACCGUCCAAAACGUUUCGUGGACAACGUAUGUUGGAACUUCAACAAACCAACCCACUGUCAACGCAUCAACUGCCCCCACCCUCAUAUCUGUGGUUUCUGCCGGGGCCCCCACACUGCUUUCAACUGCUCAUACUCCAGCAAGGAACAGGCCUCUCAGUCCCUCUCUGGCAAGAGAAACCCUUCCAGUUCCGGCCCAAAGCCAUCCAAACAAUUAUAAUUUGGUCACACCUGUUAAUGUCAACCAGUUAAUCCCAUUUCUUUCAGGAUAUACAUGGUCACAAUAUAUUGUAGAUGGUUUCAUGACAGGUUUCAAAUUAGGAUUUUUAGGACCCCGUAAAGCUUGCACUUCACCAAAUUUAAAAUCUUGUUCUGAUUUCCCUCAACUGGUAUCUCAAAAAAUACAAAAUGAGCUUUCAGCUGGUCGUAUAGAAGGCCCUUUCGAUUUUCCACCAUUCGAUAACCUACACGUAAGCCCCAUUGGUCUAGUUCCCAAAAAAUCACCGGGGCAAUACCGCUUAAUUCAUCACCUCAGUUACCCUAAAGGUGAUUCUAUCAAUGAUUUCAUUGACCCCACCCUUGCCACUGUAGUUUAUUCAUCUUUUGAUGAGGCAGUAGACCUCCUUUUAAACCUGGGCCCGGGUACACUUUUUAGCAAAACUGACAUUGAUUCAGCUUUUCGUCUUAUCCCCAUUCACCCAUCAGAUUAUCACCUGUUAGGUUUCAAAUUCCAGGAAAAAAUUUAUUUCGAUAAAUGUCUCCCUAUGGGAGCAUCCUCAUCUUGCGCUAUUUUUGAACGGUUCAGCACUGCUCUCCA